GACCUUUAAGUUUUAAAACACAUGGUUUGAGGCAAUCGGUUUUCUCAAAUGGUUUGAGUUAAGUUAAAGGUGCAGUGUUUAUAUUUUAGCAGCAUUUAGUGGUGAGGUUGCGACUUGCAACCCUCCCUUUCGAAGCAUAUAGAGAAUCUACAGUAGCCAUCACAGGACAAACAUGUCAUUGUCUGAGACAACGUAGUGACAAAUGCUCUCUGAAGAGGAGUUUGUCCAUUUAGGGCUACUGUGGAAAUAUGAUGGCACAAAAUGGUGGCUUCCAUGUAAAGGGGACCCGUGGUGUAUGUAGAUAAAACGGCUCAUUCUAAGGUAAUAAAAACAAUACAGUUCAUUUUAUACAGUAUUUUAUACGGUCAUCUUUACAAACCACUCAUAAUAUAGUUUUUGUAUAUAAUUUUGCAUUGAUGUAAAAGGAUCCUUCUAAAAUUUCUAAAAUUAUCAGCUUUGACAGUGUAGGGAGAGGGGGAGAUGAGAAACGGAUGCGAGUAAUCUUGGUGAGGUGUCUUCAAACAGUGGGGUGGUCAUCUUGGAAUUAGUUGUGAACUAGUUGUUGGUGGAUGAGGAGAUUCCCCUGUUCAUAUGUAAAGCGCUUUGAGUACUGAGAAAAGCGCUUUAUAAAUAUAAUAGUUCCCUCUGGAUUCAGCCAUUUGGUAUCAGUCUUACAGCUCCAAGGGACGCUGUUAAAAUGUUUCGAUUGUUUGGAUAAAGACACGAUGACGCAGAUUUCAAUGUCACUCAUAAACACUGAUACCUGAAUGUCAUUGAAGUUACACAUGGCUUCAAGUAACAAAAUGAACCUCGAAACAUGCAGCCUAUACAUUCACAGAGAGAGAUGUUUAAAGUUGUUGUUUACUGGCAUGUGCCUUGGAAUUACAGGAUUUUUGGUUGUAUGGACUUACGUUGGAAGUAAAGAUGUGAAAAAACCUCCAACCAGCAUUUUGUUUCAGCACUUUGCCAAACUUUACGACUCCAGAAACUUCUCCACAUCUUCUGCUGAUGUUCUGCUAGAUUCAGAAGACUCCGAGUCAAAUUCAAGAUCAUUUUACUCUGAAUUUGGAAUCAGUUCAGAGAGUUAUUCCAGUUUACAGCAGAAACUCUACUGGGCCGAACCGGACAGAUCAAUCACAAAUGUGUCUAUGAGUACAAGUGCAGCUCACUCCACUUUCAUCAUUCAGAACCUGAAAGACAGCUACCAAAUAGGAGAGGAGCUUUUUGUUACAAUCCAUGCCAGGGACUUUAACAAUGAAUCUAAACGUUAUGGAGGAGAUUUCUUUCAAGCAAAGCUUUUCUCAUCCGAAAAUCCCCCAAAGGCCAGUGUGUUUGGGGAGGUGGUGGAUUUGCUCAAUGGCUCUUACUCUGUGCGUUUUCUUCUGCCGUGGGUUGGACAGGCACAGGUGGCUGUGCGUCUGAUCCACUCCAGUGAAGGGGUGCAGGUCCUCAAGCAUCACAGAGACACAGAUUCUGACCGAGUUUACUUUAGUGGAUAUUUUGAAGGACCAGGACCAAAUGGGACCAGGUUGAGAGAAACAGUGAAGUGUAAUGUGAAGUGGGACAAGAAUGGACUGGAGAGGAUGGGGACUGGGGAUUGCUGCUGUGAUUAUAAAGAUUCUGGCAGUGGAGAAGAAUGGCGCUGUGAGAGACCCAAAUCCCUGCCAUGCAGCGCUCGCGUCUAUCACUCUAUGGGCGGGUAUAACAAACGUGUGACUGACAAAGAAGCAAUGUUUAUGAGUGAAACCAACAAAGACAUCAAUGGACAAAAAACACCAAUCAAGAUUCUUCCUUCCAAUGAAACAGUGGGAAUUGAUGUAACACAGAAAUGUCGUCCUGGUUUGCACUCACCAGUUCCAGCUGGGUUUUACCUGAAUGAUGUUUGGGAGUCCUUUGUGUGUAGCACCCGUCAUUUUACUACUCAAACCGCAACACAAUGCCUGAAAGACAAACACAUCUACAUGAUGGGAGACUCUACUUUGAGACAGUGGUUUGACUUCUUGAUAAAAGCAGUACCAACUUUAAAGCGGAUGAACAAUCAUGUUGAAUAUGAGGCAGGGCCUCUUAUAGCAGUGGAUGUGGAGAACAACAUUGACUUACACUGGAGGGCUCACGGUCUUCCUUUACGUUGUCUGAAAACAGAAGUGACUAAUCUGCACUACGUCAGUAAUGAGAUUGAUGAUAUGACUGGAGGACCUCACACUGUUAUUGUAUUUAAUCUGGGGCCACACUUCACAACAUACCCUCUCGAUUUCUACACCCGCAGAGUGAUGAGGGUCCGCAAAGCUGUGCUAGAUAUGUUACAACGGGCACCAGACACUACCGUUAUAAUCAAGACUGUAAACACCGGCUAUAAGGAUGUGUUUGGCAGUGACUGGUAUUCUUUGCAGUUGGACAGAAUCAUACGGAGGGCUUUUCAGGAUGUUGGUGUUUAUAUUUUGGAUGUUUGGCAAAUGACAGCCUGUCACUACAACGUAGAGAACAUUCAUCCAGGUCCUGUCAUCAUCAAAAAUGAGAUUGACAUUUUACUUUCUUUCAUUUGCCCUGAAUGAUUUUGUCAGUAGCAAUGAGGAGAUAAAAGCAGCAGUCUUUUUAAAGGCAGAGUGCACAAUGUUUGAAAACCAAUGUUGACAUUUGAAAUCACCUAAACAAUCACGGCCCUACCCCAAUAGAAUCUGGACCUUCUUUUGAUAGACCCGUCCUACACAUAUGCAACCCAGGCAAGGAUGUUGUUUAGUAGACAGGCACCUUACUGCUGAUUGGCUACAAGUGUGUUUUGGUAGUCGACCCAACAAACGCACUUCGCCUUUAAUUUAAUUUUAUAUAUAUAUUGAAUGUGCUAAACAUGGUAAUACACCAUCAUGGCCGUAGCCAGGGUUUGAAAAUUACCGAGGUCUAGGGUGGGGUGUUAAGAGUUAACAAAUGCUAUCCCAAGUGAAAAAAGUGCACAUAAAUAAAAUACACUUUUUAAGUACACUUAUUAAAUGUACUAUUUUCGUGCACUCAUUUUGUGGCUUAUAUAUCACAUUUGUUUUUGGUACUUCUUAAAAUUAAGUUAAGAACAUCUAAGUCUUAUUUUGAGACAUCUUAAUAAGUUUAUUUGUAGCAUAACUUAACAUAACUUACAAAUGUACUUGCUAGUAUUUAAGUGGUUUAAGUACAUUGAAGCAUACUUUAUUUUUACCUGGGAUCUAAUAUAUUCUGUCUUAACCUUUUUACACUUUGGGUACACACUCUGUUUUGGGGAUGGACUGGGACUGCUGGAUUAUUUAUUACUUUUUCAUGCAACAAUGUUUAUUUUUGUAAUCAUUUUAAUAAGCAAUAUAAUAUAACAAAAACGUUACAAGAUUUUAAACAAGAAAUUGUUUAGUGCUCUUAUUGUUUUCAGCAUGACUUUGUUGAAGGUUAACUUCUAAAUUAAAUGAAAUUACAGAAUUCUUAAUGCUUAUGUUUUGUUGAGAUUAGCUUUACCGUUUUAUGCUGCCGUGUUUUAAUAUAUUUGGCAUAUUUUAUUUAAACCCAGUUCUUCUACAUCUUUGUACCAGAGUUAUUUUCUGUUUUUCUUACAGACACAAUUAUGAUGAUUACUGCUUUUAUCUAACGAAUGUAGUAUCAGCAAUAACCUGCUCACGCUGAAUGAUGCAUCUUAUUUGAUAACUUUCAGUUUCCAUGUUGCCUGAUAUUAGUACACAAAACAAGCAAAAAUAAUUGGCUUUAAAAAACAAAUUUCGUCCAAACCUUGUAUUCUAGAAAUAAAUCAGAUAAAUCACUAAUAGUAACCUACACCUAUCAAUCACUUUAUAGAUAAUGUCAAAGUGUCACAUUAAUUGCUAAAACACUACGUCUAAAGAGGAUUUUUAACAAUGGGAUCUGGCAACACUGCAAAUUCUGUACCCGCGCCAUCGCAGCUUUAGCCAAUCUUCGUCAUUUUACACUAAACUAUACAGUAAACUGUCCAAACAUAAUUAUAUAUGCGGAUUCGUUUUGAAAACCUAAUUGGUCAUUCAGAGA